AUGCCCUGGAUACUGCUGUUAGAAGUCCUCAUCCUUCCCGCCUUUGCACUAUGUGCAGUUGUCCCGCAACCCUCGGACACCUAUGAUCUUUUGCAAGGACCUGUCAUCUCCCCUGCUCUCUAUUUUCCUGAGAACCUGUCAUCUGCAACUAACGACACAUCCUUCGACGAAGUCUUGAAGCUUAGAUGCGACCCAGUACGCUAUGGGAGGAAUCUGAACGUGGGAAGUUGCAGGAAGGUCUUCAACUUCAUAGCACAGGAUGACACACAGACCGUUUUCGCAGAACGCAGUAAUGUUCAGCCGCAUGAUUUAAAUCUUCCUUUUAGGGCUACUAGCAGUGAUGGGUUGUGUUAUGUCCAGCCAAUACUUGCUGAAGGAGCAGUGACCGCCCGAGCUUCUCCGAGAGAAGUAGGCAACGCUGCCUACACUCUCUUCCAGGAGUGUGUUGUCAAACGUGGUAUGGGCGGAAUAGCCGGAGACAUUGGAGGUGACAACAACUUGGACGUGAUGAUUGCAUCCUACAAGCCGAAUGUGCGCUGCAACACUUUCUCUGCUCCAUCAUGGAACUCUUGCGUCAGCAUCUUCUCCAAUAUGAAUGCGGCCAAAACCAGGCAGACCUUUGGGCAUUUGCCAGAUCAACGGGUGCAAGUCCGAUUGCCAGUCACGUAUAAAGCUGCGGAUCGGAGAUGCAUGGUGAAGAUUGAUAUCACGGGCCAACCAACGGGACUGUCCUGGUACGAAGUAUGGGAGGCUGUCGUGGCUUUGGCUUCUACGUGUGUGCGAGGAAGGCAGAAAUGUGGGAGAGCUGCUGGGCUUGGUGUCGGCCGCAAUAUAUUCCUUCAAUUGUCCGACGAGCACCCCGACGCGACAACGCAGCCGUUGUCAAUUGGUAGUCAGAAUUUGUCUUUCUUGACAAGCGGUGAGGGUAUAGCGAGGUGA